UGAUGUAACAUGUUCCGGCCGGGCUAUUCCUUCAAAUUCAGUCGCGUGGUGAAGACGUAAAGCCGAUAAAUUAUGACCUCCUACAAAGUGGAACAAGUUCCUUCACCCCUUAAUGUUCUAGGCGAAGGACCACAUUGGUGCAUCGAACGCCAAAGUUUGUACUACAACGACAUCUACGGCGGAACCAUUCACCGAUACGAUUAUGCCCAAAAUGUAACCUACACCGCCAAAAUUGACGGAUAUCCAGUGAUCGGCUUCAUCAUCCCGGUUAAAAAUAGCCACACGGAGUUCAUCAUCGGAACCGACCGGAAGUUGACGCUGAUCGACUGGGAUGGCGUAUCGGAGAAGGCAAGCUUCGUGAGAACCGUUGGGGAGGUGGAGUUCGAUAAGCUCGAUAAUCGCUUCAACGAUGCCAAGGUCGAUCCCAAGGGACGCUUCUACGGAGGAACCAUGCGGCUGGAGGAGAAAGGCGACAUCUUUGAGAUGCGGCUGGGCACCUUCUACCGGUACGAUGCCAAGAAGAAGGAGUUCGUGUGUUUGAAGAAAAGUAUUGGAGUCUCGAAUGGCCUAUGCUGGAACGAGAAGAAAAACCUGCUGUAUUACAUCGACUCUUGCGAUCUGGAUGUUAAGGAGUAUCACGUCGAUGAGAAUGGAGACAUCUCGAAAGAACGGGUGGUUAUUGACUUCUGCAUCAACGGUGAGCGACCCAAGUUUGUCCCCGAUGGAAUGACCAUCGAUUCCGAGGGUUUCCUGUACGUUGCUACCUUCGGUGGGCACACCGUUUACAAAGUUGAUCCUUCCUCCGGAAAAAUUGUGUUGGAAAUCAAACUGCCCGCCGAACAGGUGACGUCGGCAGCUUUCGGAGGACCGAAUCUGGAUAUUUUGUUCGUAACGACGGCAGCUAAAGAGUUCAAAUCACCCCAACCUCCACCGGCCGGAGCACUCUUUAAAGUCACCGGACUAGGCGUUAAAGGAACUCCCAUGUACAGUGUUGAUCUGAGCUGA